CUUCUUUAUUAUUGAUAUUGCUAUCUCAUGGCAUAUUUACCAUUAUGUCACGAUUCGGAGGGAUGGGGUGUAUUCUCUACUACGCGUGAACUUGACUUUACUAAUUGUUUUGAAGACAUAGUUUUGGUCAGCAUUCCUACGAUUUACUUGGUCCUGUUUGGAUCCAUACGGUAUUCUAUUUUACAGAAACGAGAGUCAUUGCCAUCUAUCAUGACUCAAAACUGGCUAUACUUCUCAAAGAUGACCGUGUUAUUGCUACUGCUACUUACUAAUAUGAUAUCGUUAGCCUUAGAAUACUCUCAAGCUGGUUUUAAUGUACAAUGGUUAACCAAUCUGGUCAAUGGAACUAUUGUCAUUGUCUUUCUGAUACACCUUCAUCAUUUGGAAUAUACUCGAAAUCGUAUUCAAUCGGCAGUGUUAUUAUUUUAUUGGUUGUUUGCUUUGAUUAUUGAUGGGAUCAAAUUGCGAAGCUUGCUAGCUAUAGGUAACGACAGUAUGCCAAUAGUACUUUAUGGUGUUACUUUUCUAUUGACAAUGACCAUAUUUAUUCUGGAAAAUAUCAAACGCCCGAAAAGACAAUAUAUAUCUUUGGAUGAAGACGAUAGCAGUAUGAAUCCUGAAGAAAAUAGCAACAUUUUUAGUCGAUUGACCUUUGCAUGGAUGACCCCGUUGAUUCAAAAAGGAUAUCACGCGCCUUUAAAACAAGAAGAUUUAUGGCCUCUACGUUAUGAUGAUUACUCUGAUGUCCUCAGCAAGCAAUUUGAAAGUUUUUGGGAAUUGGAAAAGAAACGUAAAAAUCCUUCUUUGACGCGCACAUUGGUUUAUAUAAGUGGUAGACGAUAUGUUCUCGCUGGAAUACUGAAACUGGUGAAAGAUAUUUUACAAUAUGUGCAACCAUUAUUCUUGAAGUAUUUAAUUCUUUGGGUUGGAAGUUAUCUUACAGAUCAUCCACAACCUGGAUAUCAAGGUAUUCUCAUUUCAGUUGGCAUGUUUCUUUCUUCGUUAAUUCAAACUAUCUGCCUUCAUCAAUACUUCCAUCUAUGUUUUUCUACAAGUAUGAAAGUAAGAUCUGUAUUGGUAACAGCUAUCUAUCGCAAGACGUUGGUUCUCAGCAAUGAAAGUCGUCAAGAAUCUACAGUUGGUGAAAUUGUGAACCAUAUGGCUGUCGAUACAACAAGGAUUAUGGACUUAUUUCCCAAUCUACAUCAUGUAUGGAGUUCCCCGUUGCAAAUCUUUUUGUCUCUUUACUUUUUACAUCAAACUAUGGGUCCUUCUAUCUGGGCUGGUGUAUUCAUCCUUGUUCUUUCGAUUCCUAUCAAUAUCGUUAUUGGCAGGGUUAUGCGUCGAUACCAAAAGAUUCAAAUGGGAAAUAAGGACAAACGUAUAAAGUUAAUAAAUGAAAUUCUCAAUGGAAUCAAAGUAAUCAAACUUUAUGCCUGGGAAAAACCAUUUAUGGACAAGAUUGAAUAUAUAAGAAACAAACUGGAACUAGCAACAUUAAAGAAGAUUGGAAGAAUGACUGCAAUUCAAAGCUUUAUUUGGGCUUCUGUACCUUUUAUUGUUACUGUUGUCACGUUUGGUGUUUAUAUCUAUUCAUCUCAGCCUCUAACAAGCGAUGUGGUAUUUGUGGCGAUAUCUCUUUUCGGAAUGCUACAGUUUCCCCUUGCCAUGGGACCUGACUUGAUCUCCAAUAUUAUCGAAGCACAUGUCUCAUUACGCCGUAUUGAAUCUUAUUUAACAUCAAACGAAAUGGAUCCUGAAGCUGUUCAACAUGAAGAUUAUCGAAAAAUACCUGGAUGGACUCUGGAAACACCUCUGGUCGAUAUAAAUCAUGGCUUUUUCCAAUGGACUCCUUUAUCUUCAACAUCUUCAUCUAUAUUGAAUGACAUCAACUUUCAAGCCAAAAAAGGGGAAUUAGUAGCUGUUGUUGGUCGAGUGGGCUCAGGAAAAAGUUCAUUGAUUAGUGCUCUUUUGGGGGAUAUCAUCAAGACUCAAGGUACCGUUACUCUACGUGGUAGUGUCGCCUACGCCUCUCAACAACCUUGGAUUAUGAAUGAUACUGUUAGGCGAAACAUUAUUUUUGGACAUCGAUUUGAUCCUCAGUUUUACGAACAAGUAUUGGAUGCCUGUUGCUUACAUAGUGACUUACUUAUAUUGUCUGAUGGUGAUCAAACUGAAAUUGGAGAACGUGGUAUCAACCUAUCAGGUGGACAAAAGGCUCGGAUUUCUCUGGCUCGAGCUUUGUAUGCUCGUGCUGAUAUUUACCUACUAGACGAUCCUCUCAGUGCUGUGGAUGCACACGUUGGAAAACAUAUAUUUGACAAAGUAAUUGGACCACAUGGAUUACUCAAGAACAAGUGUCGAAUUUUGGUGACUCAUGCUAUCACUCAUCUGCCCUUGGUCGAUAAAAUUGUCAUGCUUCGUGACGGAAAUAUUAUUUUGAACGAUACCUAUAACAAACUAAUGGAUGAACAAACGGAACUAUAUUCAUUGCUGAUGGAAUUCAGUAACCAUACAACAGAUAGUGCAACUGAUAAUAUGGAUGGAAAUAAUUUCGAUCUGGAUGAGGCUCAUAUAUCAAUCGGCACGGAACUUGAUCAACCUAGUAGCAGCAGCAGCAGCAGUAGCAACAGCAAUGAAUCAUCUACACGCAGUUUACGAAGGGCAUCUUUGGAUGAAACGGAUUGGAAAAAUGAAUCAACUCCUACCAAUACAAACAGCCGGGGAAAAUCUACUACGGAGGCGACAUCCACAUCAAACGGGAAUGGGAUUGUAGCUGCCGGGAAUCUAAUGACGAUUGAAGAAUCUUCUAAGGGUAGUGUGGAUAGAGCAGUAUACAAGACUUAUAUUAAUACGUGUUCCUGGUGGGCUGUUAUUUUGGCUAUUAUAUUACAAGCUACUUCUCAAGGUCUACAAGUUGGUGCAAACGUUUGGCUUAAAAAUUGGGCAGCUAGCAAUGAUCAAAAUGGAACAACUCAAAAUAUGUGGAUGUACUUGGCAAUUUAUACUCUCAUUGGUUGGUCUGCUUCCUUUUUCGCGAUGAUGCAAACUUUGAUUACGCGUACCUACUGUGCGAUACGAUCAGCAAAGCUUCUUCACUUUCGAAUGUUAGAUGCUGUGGUACAUUCACCUAUGUCUUUUUUUGAUACAACACCAUUGGGGCGUAUUCUCAACCGAUUCGCCAAAGAUCAACAUACCGUAGAUGAAAUUUUGCCUCGUAUUUUUGGUACAUUCUUCCGUGUUUUCCCAGUUGUUGUGGCUAUUAUGUGUGUGAUUGGAUUCUCUACUCCCUUGUUUUUAGUUAUUCUGAUUCCUCUCUUUUGGUGUUAUCGCACUAUACAGAAAUACUAUCUGGCAGCAUCUCGUGAAAUCAGGCGACUGGAUUCUGUUGGUAAAAGUCCUAUUUAUUCCCAUUUUCAAGAAACCAUCAACGGUGUGGCAGUUAUUCGAUCAUUUGAACAGCAACAACGAUUUAUCUCUCAAAAUGAAUGGAAACUGGAUUCAAAUCAAAAGGCAUACUAUCCUUCUAUGGCAUGUAACCGUUGGUUAGCUUUGCGAUUGGAAUUAUUGGGUUCUGUAGUUAUUUUCUCGGCAGCUAUUCUUUCAGUUUUGGGAGUUCUUUAUCAAACAUCAUCGACUUUGGAAUCAACAUCAUCAUCAUCAUUACUCACAACAAAUGACUGGAUAGUGUCUUUAAUGAAAAGUAUACUCAAGGUGAUGGGAGCUACCGCGGUUGAUCCUGGGCUUGUUGGAUUAUCUGUAUCAUAUGCACUCAAUGUAACUUCAUCAUUGACUUGGGUGAUUGGAUUAUAUUGUAGAUUUGAAAUCAAUAUUAUUUCUGUGGAGCGAAUCAAGGAAUAUGCCGAACUACCUAGUGAAAAAUAUAAUGGUGCUGAACAACCUCGUAUUCUUCCAUCUUCUGAUUGGCCAGACAAGGGGCAAGUGAUUUUCCAAGAUUUCUCAACAAGGUAUCGCCCUGGACUUACUCUAUGUUUACAAGAUAUAUCAUUUACAAUCAAUGGUGGCGAGAAAAUUGGCAUUUGUGGUCGUACGGGUGGUGGGAAGAGUUCGUUGACAUUAUCCCUCUUUCGAAUUUUGGAAGCAGUACAAGGAUCCAUUCUUAUUGACGGCAUAUCGAUUGCAAAACUUGGCUUAUUUGACUUGCGAUCACGAUUAUCCAUUAUUCCUCAAGAUCCUGUGCUGUUUGCCGGUUCAGUCAGAGACAAUUUAGAACCCAUGGGUCUACUGGAUGAUUCUGCACUUUGGAAAGCUCUCGAUCAAUCUCAUUUAGGCAAUGUUAUCAGAUCAAUGGAAGGACAAUUGGAUGGUCUGGUUUUGGAAGGUGGUGAAAACUUUUCCGUAGGUCAAAGACAAUUGAUCUGUCUUGCUAGGGCGUUACUUAGACCAACAAGUAUUCUGGUAUUGGAUGAGGCCACUGCAGCUAUUGAUGUGGAAACGGAUGCUUUGAUUCAAGAAACAAUUCGACUUCAUUUCAAGGAUUGUACAAUUUUAACCAUUGCUCACCGGGUUGGUACCAUUUUGGAUUCUGACAAGAUCAUUGUACUUCAAGAAGGAAGGAUUGCGGAAAUGGACACCCCGACAGCGUUACUAAAAGAUACAAACUCAAAAUUCUACGCCUUGUGCAAGGAAGCCAAUUCUUUACCGUCUUAGUUAUGUAUUUUUUUUUUUUUUUUAUAUUUUGAAUAAACGCAUUACAAAUGGUGAAUGGAUGAUAGGAUGAUAUGAUGAUGAUGUAAAGUGGUUGUUGUCGGAUAAUGAUUUCUUGAAGGAGUCAAAUGGUUUCAUGAUUCAAUUGAG